AUGACUACCUCGACCUCGGAUCCAGUGCCCAAGGACAAGCUGCGACCGCUGUCCAGUGCCACCAAUCUCACCGACUUCACACACUCGACUGUCGAGCCUGAGUCGGAACUGGCCUCGGAUGGAGAAUAUGAUGACCUCGAAGUACAAAGCCUCUCGCCGAGCAUGUACGAGAACGAGAAGAAGUAUGGUCGCACCUACCACAGCUUUCACGCCGGAGCAUACCCAUUCCCAAAUGACGAGCCAGAGAUAUACCGCUUGGACUGGCAACAUGCCAUUAUCAAAUGUCUUCUGCACAGACGGAACUACUUCGCACCGCUCAAGCCAAAGAAGCCAAAGAGAAUGUUGGACAUUGGCUGUGGCACCGGAAUCUGGUGUUUUGAGAUGGCUGCCGAAUUCCCAAACUGCCGGGUUGAAGGCAUUGACUUGACACCGAUUCAGCGAAAAAUAUCCUACACAAACAUCGAUUUCUACAUGGAAGACAUCCUCAGCCCAACAUGGUGGUAUCCCAAAGAAGAACCUUAUGUAUACGACUACAUCCACACACGCAUGUCCCUCGGCAUCUUCAACGACUUUCGAGAAAUCAUACAGAAGAGUUACAACAACCUGAGACCUGGCGGGUGGAUGGAAUCGCAGGAAUGGUUUUCAAAGCUCCAAUGUGCCGACGACAUGCCCGAAGACUAUCCGCUCAAAGAGUGGUCAGAAUUAGCAGACAAGGCAGCACAUAAACUCGGCCGACCAUUACGCAUCGCAGACAAGCUGAAGAGGUGGUACAAAGAAGCUGGUUUCGUCGAUGUACAUGAGGAGGUUUUUGCUAUCCCCGCCAAUCAAUGGCCAAAAAGCGACCGCGAGAAAAUGCUUGGCAAGUAUUGUAGCUGGAAUUUGAUGUUGGGUUUGCAGGGAUGGUCGCUUGAAUACUUUGUCACUGGCUUGGGCUGGACACCAGCCGAAGUCGAGGUCUAUCUCGCGCAUGUGAGGAACUCGAUUGUUGACGAGAACGUACAUGCCUAUUACAAUUUCUACGUAGUAUGGGGUCGUAAGCCUUUCGACGACGAACCUGGCAGCACUACACCAAAACCGCACCACUGGCCACAGCCUCCUGGCGAUGACGACUCCAUCCGUUGGUCGAUGAGAGAGUCCGAAGAUGCGUAA